AUGGUGUUGAACACCUUUUGUUUACUGAACUCCAUUGGCGGGGCUUUGGCUGCCCGGGCGCCUUCAUUUUUGGCUCGGGAGGAGUGGAAGACGGUUCCGUGGUCCGCUGGGACGACCGAAAAGAACAUCCUACACCAUUUACUGGAUCUCGCUGUCGAUAUCCCGGGUCUGCUGGCGCAAUCAGAUCUGUUCGAGAAAGAGCAUCGGUCCUCGGUGAUGGGUGCGCAUGAGGUGACCGUCAAACAAGCGGCCCUGUGGAAUGGCAUAGCGGAACUCACCGCGAAAUUUCAUCAAUGGUAUAUCGACUGUGUCGAAAAUUCUCCCGAUGGACCACCACGGGAGGAGGAGCAGACGGCUGAGCAAAGUUUUCCUGUCUUCAAUCGACGGAACCUCCGCACCGGCGCCGAGAUCCCCGCGAUCAAGUUUGUCUAUCCAAACUUACUGAUUGCUCAAACCAUGUGCGUGUAUUACUCGAUGCGGCUCAUCUUGUCAUCGAUCGACACGCGCCCGGAGGACCGCGUCACGCCUAUGGAGCAGUACGAGUUAGCAUGUGGCAUUUGCCAGUCACUGCAGUGGUAUAUUCAGACUGCGCCGGGGAACAUGAUUAAUCGGCUGGCUUUUCCCGUCCGGGUGGCGUGGGAAGCCUUCCCCGAUGGGGGACCCGAGCGCAGAUUCAUGAUGGAGGUGCUGCAGCUGGUCGAAAAGCGGCACUCGCUCGGUCUCUGGGGUAGUGCGAUGCCCGAGUUAUCGACGCGCGCCAAAUCGCCGCUGAAUACCAGGUAA